UUCGUAUAUAAGGAUGAAUCGCAGAGACUGCUUACGGGUAGUCCGAUGCUUCCCAGGGAGAACUACGAACGCAUAUAUGCGGCCUUUCUUCUUCGCUUUGUAUAACGAUGUCUCUGUUCAGCAUCAAUCAUAUCCAGUACUCACGUUCAGUUCGAAAACCACGUGCGUACAGGUUUGAACCAGAAAAAAAAAAAUAUAUCGGGUCGGUAUUGCUUGUUUGUCAUUUAAAGAACGACUGAGGAAGCGAAAAUUUGACUAUCUUUUUGCAAAAAUGUUUAAAAAAUUUUGUUCUUUCGCAAUAUUUUUUUUUUACAAUAAUAGGGCGCAGUGAAGGAAAGUGAUCGCGUUCUUGUGAAUUUUCUGGAAAUUUUUAUCGUUUAGAAAAUAUUAAGUUUAUAUAUUUGAAAAAUUUGCGUGUAUAAAGAUUUGGUAAGUAACUUAUUUCUGAGUCUAUCUCUGACACACGUUCUAUUUUUUUACCGAGGUACUAUAUAUUUAUUAUUGAGAUAUAGCCUAAAGACGAUCUUUUGACAGAAUAUAAAUUUUUUAAAAAUCCAUCUAAUAUUUCUCUUCUGAAUUUUUUUACGAUAUUUGCACACUGUCACGUGAGCUAAGUGUAUCCUAAGCAAACAUUGACCGAAUAUGUAAACGAGGAAACUCGAAAGAUCCAGCUUAUUUUGAGAUCUCAACGUGACCACAAGACACGCGAUUUGAGUGAAGAGUACGCGAUAUCUAUGUGAGAGAAGGGAGGAGGAAAAGGUGCGGGGAAAAGGCGAGAGGGGGCAAGACGGUUGUGAGACAGGUCGCCGAUUGUCCUCGUAUUCUAUCAAACGAGCGUAUGACACACGUUCGGUAUGAAAUAAGACGUUUGUUUUCUCGCGAUUCUGAAAACGACGUCUUAUCUCAUCUCAAGUGAAAAUAAAAGAAACACCGGUGAGUGUCAGGUGAAUCAUUCAUAAAACGCAUCGCGUGGUUCCCGCGCUUUUCGUUAUCAGAAUUGAGAAAGAAAAUUUGUGAUUCAUGGAGCAGGAAGAUAUGAAUGGAAAUGAGGAAGAAGAUACGAUGAGGAGCGAACGUGGCACGCCGGAGGGCUCCUUGGAAAAUUCGAACAUGCCUCCGGAGAUGGAAGAGUCGGAGACGGGAAGAAGAACGAGUAUUUUCAAGUAUUACUCGUACAAAAACACGGACACUAUGCCGAACAUAACAAGAAAAAUAGGACCACUUGUGGGCGUAAUUGAUGUCGGCACGCGGACUGUCCGCUUUGUGGUAUUUAACGCCAAGCAUGUUGCGGAAAUUGCAUCUCAUCAAAUAGACAUCGAACAAAUCAGUCCACAGGAGGGAUGGGUGGAGCAGGAUCCCAAAAAUAUUCUUAUGGCAGUGGAAACCUGCAUUAAUAUCGUAAAUGACAAACUAAAUAUGUUGGAGAUGAAGAUUGACGAAAUCGUCACAGUAGGUGUCACUAAUCAAAGAGAGACUACGGUAGUAUGGGACGCAUUUACUGGCGAACCAUUUUAUAACGCUAUAGUGUGGUCCGACAUCAGAACCGACGCGAUCGUGGACCAAAUCAUAGCAAAGUUUCCGGAUCAGAACAAGAAUCAUCUGAAACCUCUGUGCGGUCUACCUGUCAGUCCGUACUUCUCUGCUUUGAAGAUUCGUUGGUUGAAGAACAAUUUGUCGACUGUAAGAAGGGCAAUUCGAGAGAGGCGAUGCAAAGUGGGAACUAUAGAUACCUGGAUUAUUUGGAACUUAACAGGGGGCAAAGACGGCGGACUUUACAUCACUGAUGUAACAAACGCGUCGAGGACGAUGUUGAUGAAUAUAGAGACGCUCUCUUGGGAUCCCACGUUAUGCAGAUAUUUCGACAUUCCUAUGCAAAUGCUGCCAGAGAUCAGAAGCAGCUCCGAAAUAUACGGCAAAAUCUCGAUCACCCCUUUAUCUGGCAUUCCCAUAUCCGGUAUUUUAGGAAACCAACAAUCAGCUUUGGUAGGACAAAAUUGCCUGAAGAAGGGACAAGCGAAAAACACGUACAGAAGCGGUUGCUUCCUGCUGUGUAAUACGGGACAUACCAGAGUAUACUCGUCUCAUGGAUUGGUUACGACUGUCGCAUAUCAGUUAGGUCCGAAGAGCCCACCUGUCUACGCGUUGGAAGGUUCAGUCGCGGUUGCAGGUGCGGCCAUUAAAUGGCUGCGGGACAACUUAAAACUCAUAAAAGAUGUUCAUGAAAGCGAACACUUGGCGCAAAGCGUAUUUAGUACGGGAGACGUCUACUUUGUUCCCGCCUUUACGGGAUUAUAUGCACCUUACUGGAGAAAGGAUGCAAGAGGAAUAAUUUGUGGGCUUACCGCGUUUACUACGAAGGAACACAUAAUCAGAGCGUCUCUUGAAGCAGUCUGUUUUCAAACUAGAGAUAUCCUCGAGGCGAUGCACAAGGAUUGCGGAUUUCCGUUAACGAAGUUAAAAGCAGAUGGGAAGAUGUCGACCAAUAAUCUCCUUAUGCAGUUGCAAGCCGACUUGUGCGGUACACCAGUAUUUAGGUCAACUAUGCCCGACAUAACAGCUCUAGGUGUGGCAAUGGCUGCAGGACAUGCUGAAGGAAUAGAUGUGUGGAACCUGGAAGGUGAGGAAGUAGAAACAGUGCCAACCGAUACUUUUCUGCCGACCACUACACCAGAAGAAAGGGACGCGAGAUAUAAGAAAUGGAAAAUGGCGGUGGAAAGAAGCUUAGGUUGGGCGAUAGUAAAAAAGUCUGAACUAAUGACAGAUGAAAGAUACUGCAUGCUAGCAUCUAUUCCUGCAAGCUGUUUUAUAAUGACAAGCUUCAUUCUGUUACGAUUAAGUAACUAUAUGGCAAACCGGUGACGGCAAAUUAACAUCAUUGAAGUUACUCUAACUGGCAGGUAGCCCCGAUUUCAGAAGGAAAUUUAGUGAAGUGACUUUUAAAACUUGCUCAACUGAUGCACGUGAAUGAUGCGUAUGUCGAUGAGUAACGUAUUAUGAAAUAAUUAGAGAGAUAAAAUCGUAUGCGUAGAGAGAUGCGUUCCAUAAAUUUCAAUGCGCUUUAUCGAACACUAUAUUCGAUAAUCAAAAAAAAAAAAUAUAUAUAUUCAGUGUUCUGGUUUCCGAGUUUACUAAUAUGUCAAUGAAAACUGUUAUAAUGCACAUAUAUCUAUAUCGAUACAAUCUCAUUUUAAAUUCUUUAAAAUAAUUAUUUCACACAGUUUGCGGAAUACUAUAAGUUUACUUGCACAGAAUCCCAUACAUUCUUUUUUAUUAUUUAUUAUAAGAAACCUAUCUGUAUAAAAUUUUAAAUUAUGUAUAUUAUAUGUAUUAUAUAAUAAAGGUAUUUUCUGUUUUACUCGUGA